AUGGAAGUACGAGCAGUUACCCAAGACAAUGACCAGUUGCCAAUUAUAAGAGAAUUAUAUGAAGCCAUCACAUCAUCUUGCCGCUCACAGAAAAUAAUCCAAAUAGUCCAGAUACCGCAAAAUGAAAAUAGAAUUGCCACUUACGAUGACAAAGCUAAUGACACACUAGAAAUUGGCAUUUCGAAACCAACAUAUUUAGCUAUGUUCAAGCAGUCCCAUGAUUAUUGGUAUAGAUACACGGAGAGUAGCCAAUGCACAUUAGAUAAAAUAGAAAUAACAAUUUUGAGAGAACUAUAUUUGAUGACAUUGGGAUAUUUGAUAACAGCGAAUGACCACCACAGUAUAAUGAACUUGCACGAACUGAUUGUACAGAUAUUAGGGAAUUUUGAGACUGAUAUUGAAAUUAUUAGCUGCUUUUUGACAAGCAGAUUGAAGCGAAUCAAUAAGAGCAGUUUAUUAUGGCAUUGGAUGAAAAAAAUGACAAUCUUGGUCAUUUUCAAUAAACUCGAAGAAAAGCAGGGUAGCCAACAUUUGUCUGACAGCCAAUUCUACAAUAAAAUUGUUUCCAGGGCAUUCAGGAGCUGUGAACUUCAUUACAUGAACUACUAUGCCAACAACUUUAUACAUUGGAUUAUACAAUUCAAUAUGAUUGUGCUAGGUAUUGAGGAUGGUGAUUAUUUGUUUCAUCAGUUACAAAAGCACUGUCGCCAGGCACUCCUGGAUAGCUCAUUAUGGAUGAAUAUGAAGAAUUACAUUAAGUGCAUACAAGGGUCAGUACAACAUGAUAACCAAAUUAUCGAAGAGUAUAACCGCAUUAACUUGAGUUACGGAGUACCUUUGCGGAUACAUUCCAAGAAGCAAUUGAUUUCACCAAAUAAAAGUGACGAGGAUAUAAUUGUUGGUGAAUUUCAGUGGUUAGUGAAAGUUCAAUGCAAGAAUGUCGCUCCAUUUUCUAAUUUAAUUGAGCUGGCGCAAACAAAAACAGUUUUAAAAAGAUUAAAUGAGCUUAUCCAGUUACAUGGAUUCAAGCACAAUGCUGCAAAGAUCGAGUCUUUGAUUGAAUUACGUAGUCGUAUGAUAGGAUAA